GGACGGUUGCUAGGGGCCGCGCCGCUGUGUGCGAGGGGAAUUGCGGACCUCCCUGAGAUACAGCAAGAAAUUUACAGGAAGGACGACAGGCUCCUCACCUUGUUAAAAGAUGUUUAUGUGGAGUCCAGAGACCCCCCGGCACAGGUAAAAAAUGGAGGUGGUGAACAUCUUCCACGUAAACAGGUGGAAAAGAGAUUGACAAAACUAGGUCACUUGGAAGAGCUAGAUAUUAAGAAAGUUCCCAAAGGCAAAAUUUCCAUUGUGGAGGCUCUGGUGCUUCUUAAUAAUCAUAGACUUCAUCCUCAGAUAUGGACUGCAGAGAAAAUAGCAGCAGAAUACAGUCUGGAACUGAAUGAAGUCAACUCUCUUCUGGAAUUCUUCAUUCCUUUUUCCCUUCAAGAGUUUCCUAAAGAAACAAAAAAAGCUAUAAAACCAACUUAAGAAUAUUUAUAAAAAACUUGUGUGAUCUUGUUUGUGUCUUAAUUAUACUCCUGGGUAUGUUCAGUGUCUGAAAAGUGCUGGUAAUGUUAUUUUCAUUAUUCAGCAAGGCUGCUGUCUUGUACCAAAAAGAUGUAUUCAGGCAAUUCCAUUCUGCAUUUGAUAGCUUCAGUUACAUCUGGUAAUUAAGGACAGAGUUUGUAAAACAGAUUUUAACAACUAAGUUGUGUGAGAGCCUGUUACAGGGUUCUGAUUGUUUCAUUCGUGUGUUUUCCAUUCAGUUAAAAUAUGUAAAUUCUAUUUAGAAAUUUAACUUAAACAAACAAGGAAAAAAAAACACGAACAGGUUGUCUUUCUUAACAGAGACUUCCUAGCCUCCAGCAAAAUCAGUACUCUGUGUGUAUUAGCUUUGUAAUUCAUGUUGCAAGGACUUGCUCUCAAGGUGCGUGUAUGUUAAAGCAGCUUUAUUUCUGUUGUAUAAAAGUUAAAUAAUACUUACACUUUAUAAAGAGUAUUAGCCAUAAGAUUUAGGAUGCUCAGCUAUGUCAAAAUACAAAGAAUAGCAAGAAGGCUUCUUCCUGAUGACUAAUGUGUGACCCUUCUUUCACUCCAUUCUGAUUUUGCUGAAUUAUCUGUACCUCCCCAGGUACUCUCCAUCAGUCACUGAAUUUGUAGAGUGAAAAUCUAGUAUGGCAGUCUUUUACAGCGGCCUCUGGCAUUUGCUGUAUGGGAAGUAAUGGUUCACAUAGUAGGUAGCUGUUAAAUGCAAUUGUAUCUACUGAUUGAACCCACUAGUAAAUCUUUUGUAAAUGUCUACCUGUGCUGUUGUAAUAAGCCUUUUUCCCCCAUGGAGGCCUCCUCUGAUUCAUCCAAGUACAAGCUUAGAUCAGCGUGUUCACUGAUAAACAAGUUUUCCUCAGGCUACCACACUCAAGUUAGACAGCAUCCUUUAGUUUUUAGUAAAGAAAGUCAAGCUGCGGAGAUAACUGGACUGUAGCCUUGAUACUCUGGGUCUGUGUAAAUAAGGAAGAAGUUUAGCACUGCUGGCAAGUACUGACUGGUGAAAAAUGGUUCAUGUUCUCCAGCUGACUUAGAAAAGAAAGCAGAGUUUAUGUUUAAAAUUACAGUAUGCUUGUUUUCAUUUAAAAAAUAAUGUUGAAAUGUUUACACUGCAAUGUGAAUGUUUCUAAUGUCCAUCAUCAAAAAAAGCUAAAUAUAACUUCCUUUUUAAUGACUUCUUGUUAGGUCUUAGAAUUCUGAUUAUGGCAAAUAUUUUAACAAGAACAACAUCAGCUUUGCUAUUUCAUAGCAAGAUUCUUCUCUGAAGUGGAACAAAGUGUUUAAUUAUAGUUUGCCACAGUGUAUUCAAAGUUUUUUUUUUUAAAGUACAUAUCAUUAUAGACAAGUGAAAGAUUGUGUAAAGAUUCUGAUUUGUCUUGGAUGUGAGUAAUCUGUAACUUAACGGGGACAGACCUGAGCUGGAAAUAACAAAUAAUAAUUCUGAGCUGUGAGCCACAUUAUAAUUUACUUCUUUUCCACAAAAUACCCUUCUAUGCUGUAACAGAAACACUGUAUUUUUCAAUACUGUUCAUCCUAGUGUAAUAUUUAAGGUGGAAUUCAGAAAGAACAGCUGUGGAAUACAUUUGGUACAGAUACUUUAUUUUUGUAGGAUACUCUGUGAUUUCCUUAUUUGAAAAUGGAUCUUCAGUUAUGCAUUGGAGUUAAUUAAAAACUUGCCUUACAAUCAGCAUUAGACAACGGUUUAACCAUGCCCCUUGACUCAGUACCUGUUUUGGUAUUUCUUUUACACUUUUAACUUGGUUUUGUCUAUUCCCUUUCCUGUGGCUGUUUAGCUGUUGACAUAAGAAAAAGGUGUUCUUCAAGCAAAUGUUUUGAAGUGGUAAUUAUGGAGAAUUUGUGGGGAUCUGCCAUGUUUUAUGGGAUUCUUAUGUGGAUAAUUUCUCAUGUUUCAUUUCUAUGGAUAUGCUGUGCCAAAUUUCAAAUGUUUUUGACUGCUAUGUAGAAUUACUAAAUUUGGUAAAGAACAAUUUACAUUGUUCUGUAGGAAUGUUCCAGCAGGUAUUCUCGCUUCUAGACUUGAGUUUUCUCUAAGAUGUCUCUAGGGGGAGUCUAUUUGCUCACUUAUCUGUGUUUUCUGGGAUGUCCUCACUUCAGUGCAUCUGUUUCUCUAGCUUCAUUCUGUAAGUUUGUAUUCCCAGUCUUCUCCAGCCAGUCUUCUCUGCCACUUUCUAUGAAAACUAUGUAGCUGCUCUUUUUGCUUUCUACUGGCUCACAGGCAAAUGUUGCUUAUGUUCUGUUAUCACAGUAUCAGUGACUUGUUUUAUUUCAGCAGAGUGGUAUCUUGCCUUCCAGGAGUAACAUAUCUGAGGUAAAGGUGAGAGGACUGAGCAAACGUUUUGUUCUGGAGAACUUGUGGCAGAUUUUCAAAAGGGAUGUAGCUUUUCAUACAUCUUCAACAUUUGUCCUUUGAGGUAUUUUAAACUAAAAUAGAUCUUGUGCUGCCUUUCUUUGUAUUAAUAGUAGCCAGGUUCUUGCAGUUUGCUGAAAUAGCAGGUUCAGUGUUGUAAGGCAAGAAGGAGGUUUAACUCCGCUUUCUGUGCAGUUCAGUAGAGGGAACUUCAGUUAAAAAAAAAAAAAAAAAAAGCAAUCUUUCUGUAGUUAUCCAGCAUAUUCAACCAACCUGUCUUUUAAGCAACCUAUUUUUACCCAAGAAGGAAAGAAAGUGAUGCUCUUAAGUUAGAUAUAUGUACUAAACUUAAAGAGUAUCUUAUUUCUGUGUUGAAAAAUGGGAUCAAACCUCAAGUAGUUGUAAUACAGGAUUAAAACUUCUGAAGUUUAAAAGGGCUUGUUUGUUUAAAAGGGCCUUUUUCAUAUAAGACUGUACUUGUUUGAAAUUCUGGGAAGCUUCAGGUUUCAUAGUUCUGUGCCAGAAUGCUUUUAGAAUAGUUUUCUGGUUGUCGUGUGGCAGCGGUGUUGAAUUCACAGCAACAGCUAUAGGAACCUGCUCAGUGCAGGUAGGCUUCAGGUGCAAAUGGCUUUUGGUACUUGAGUCUGGAAGGGCAAGGAAGGUCUGUGCUGACUGACAUGCUAUUAAUGAUCAAACCACUGCAUUGGUGCCUGUCCUUACUGAAUACGUCUCAGUAAUCUAUGAACCUAGUUAAUUUUGUAACCUUCCAUGGUUUAGGUAGGUACUGCCACAUUGUUAUUGGUGCUAAGCGUUUUCUGUUGAGGGCUUCCAGACAAUGCUUUUGUAACAGAGAGAACAACCCCCUAGAAGGUGACGACAAGCUAUUUAGCACGGAUCAGGAUUAGGUGUUGUAAGAGGGUGCAGUAGGUCCAUCCAUGUUUUUUGGCCUCCUGACAAAGUGUGGCACUGCUGCAUUAAAAGAGAAGAAAUUGGAAGGGAGCUGUAGCAGAGUAGUCAGCUCCUACGGGGAUGCAAGGCUUUUGUAGGACUGAAGCCCUGUCUGUGGCUAGGUGCACUGGUGCACAGGUGCAGCCAUACCUGUGAGUGGGGUUGCCCUAUAGAACAGAGUCCAUUGAUGCUGCUGGUGCUAUCCAGGCUUAUUCCUGACACACGCUUUUGCAAGCAGAAGCAUGGAUGUAAAGUAACUGAUAGGUCUGCUUAUGUGAGAGGUGUUUGGAGAAACAAUGCAGGUCUGGUAGCCUGCAUGUGGCUGGGAAUACUGAGUUGGUGCUAACUGCCUGUCUUAGCAGAGAGAAGGAAAAAAAAGAUGAAGGCGUAGUCUUCAGAGUGUUUUCUCUGAUCCAAAGGAUGCGCUGUUCUUAAUUGCACAGAGCUUUGUUCCAAGGGGAAAAAAACAACAUAGUGCAGGUUGUGAUUCAAGCAGUUCUGACUUGCUCCAGACCAGGUGCUGCCUGGACCACAGUUGUGUUGCAGAGUUGAGGUGCUGGGCAGGAGGCUGUGUGCUGUCACUCAGUUGCCUUCAGUCCCGGUCCUUUGUGCUGGUAGCUCAGCAUUGUACCCUAAAGCAUGUAUUUAGAACUGAGAAGCAGUCUUUUAUCCUUGUCUGCAUCAGUUGCUAUCUUUCGGUUGGAUCAAACACAUUCAUGUUACUUCUAUUACCAGCCAUGUCCACAGGGAGGAAAAAAGUUACUAAAACUAGGUACAGUACCAAAAUGUGACUGAAUUUUUUGAGUACAUUAUCUGCAGUUCUUUGAUUUGGGACAGGAAAAGUUUAUUCUAAAACCUAUUUUUAUAGUCUAGUAAAAUAUUUUUAUGUUUGAUAUGAGAUGUCAUUUAUUGCUAAGAAUAUUCAAGCUGAAUGCAAAAUAUUUGGUUUUAAGAUAUCCCUCACCUUGCCGUAUAAUGGGAAAUAUUUUGUUAUUGUUCUAGUCAGUCUCAGAAACAAAUGCUAAGACUUCUGAUAAGCAGAAGUUCAUCCCAAACUGGUUGCUGCCAUUCACUCCCUUGCCAUGAUCCUGUCCUCCCACUCUCCCCACUAAUUUGUUGCCGUGUGCCAUCUGGCAAGUCUCUAGCCCUGUGUCACAGAUCUGUAAUUAACUGUGUACAAUGAGUGAGGCUGAUUUACUGUGUAUCUAAAGCUACAGUGAAACUGGAAUAAACAGAAAGCAAGUGCAUUGAGUAGCAGUGAAUUAAAGCAAAGCAGGCUACUGAAGAUGUCUUCUGGAAGAAAUAAUGCCACAUGGCUCGUUUUGUUCCUCCACAGGGGAAGGAAUUGGGAAUAAAAUUCAUAUUGUGUUCCUCCUUUCUCAAUUACCUGUCAUCUGUUAAAGAUUUCCUGUGUGGGAACAAAUUCAUAGUUGUUGUCACUUAAAGAUAAAUUCUAUCAGCUCAUUUCUGCACAUGCAGUACUUUAAUAUUAAACUGGAACUAUUUUCCUGUGACUGGCAUUUAAUCGCGGUUUCUUAGCCUUUUUGGAAACAAUACACUGUUUUGUAUAUUUUAAUAAAGGUUAUUUGAAUUUUACCAUGGCCACAGGUCGUGACUAAAAGCUGACAAGAUGCAAUUAAAAGCAAGUCUUGUUUCCACCAAUGACAAAUAUCCAUUUGUAAUGCAUAGGUUCAAAAACAUAAAUAGUUCUCUAGCCUUAAAAAAGUAGUGAAAGAGCAACGUUUCUGAGAGAUCCUAAGGAAAAAACAUAGUUUCACUGACAGAGCAUUAUAGGAAACCCUUGUUGGGUUUUUAUACUCAAAAUGUUGCAUUUUCUGCAAUUCUGCUGCUUUGGAACUUGUUAUGGAAUUCAAUCCUUGCUUCAGCAUUGUGCUUUAUAAUACAACAUUCAGUUCUUCCAGGAUAUGCAAUUAAUUCUCAGUCAGGACAAAGGCCUGAGCUGAAUGUGAGCCAUACUCCUCAAAUCCCAUUAAGAUUGCUGCAACCUAAAAUAAUACUUUUCAGAAAUAUGAACCAAUCCCAUUGUGUUAGCUGCUAGCUACUUCUGAAAAUGAAAAAGGAAAAUCUAAAUCUAGUUAAAAUAGAAAUGCAGAAUAUGAUAUUAAUGUAAAUAAAUUACAUAAAGCUUUUGA